UCCACUUAUCGAGAAAUGAGCGGUCUUCAAUUCCCCACGUGUCGCCUCUAGGGAAAUAUCAUACCCUGCUGCUGCAUCCUCGCCCUUUAUCUGCCACUGUCUGCCCCAAUCUUCCCGGAGCUCCGCCCAAUCCCCUCUCAGCCGCCGCACGCACGCACACCUGAGAAGAAGUAAAUAUAAAGAAAAGUUCAAAUCCAUCAAUAGAAGUCUUUCUGCCAAACACCCGUCACCUAUUUUCUUCACACAAGGAACCCGUAAAAUCUUUUGACCCACUGUUGGGGAAGAAGAAGAGAAGAGGAAUUUUUCAGUCCAGAUUUAUGCUGUAACAGUUGACUGAUAGGCCACCACAGUUCUUUCUGUUCCCCAGAAAAAAAGGGUCUUUAUUUGAUAAGAAUAGUUUUUUCUUGGCAACUGUACCGCCAAAGGAGCAAGAAAGCUCAGAGCUGUCUGCCAACUUCUGUUGUGAGGAGUCAAGAAGCGAAGAUGGCGGAGUCGGACAACGAUUCAGGGGGGCAUAGCAACAGUAACGCGAGCAGCAGAGAGCAGGACAGGUUUUUACCAAUUGCUAACGUAAGCAGAAUCAUGAAGAAAGCUCUUCCUGCAAACGCCAAGAUCUCCAAGGACGCGAAGGAAACAGUGCAAGAAUGUGUUUCAGAGUUCAUCAGUUUUGUCACCGGUGAAGCCUCUGAUAAAUGUCAGAGGGAGAAGAGGAAGACUAUUAAUGGAGAUGAUUUGCUUUGGGCCAUGACAACGCUUGGGUUUGAAGAGUAUGUGGAGCCCUUGAAAGUUUACUUAGCGAAGUACAGAGAGAUGGAGGGGGAGAAGACUGCUGUCGGGGUAGCUAAAGAGGGGGGUGGGAGCAGUGGUGGCUCUGCUGUGACUUCUGGCGGUGGUUUUAAUGGUGGUCCGGUAGUGGGUGGAGGAAUUUAUGGGGGUCCUGUGAUGGGCUAUCAUCAUGGAGGACAGAUGUAUAGCGCUGGUGGUGGUUCUGGGGGAUUUCAGCAUAUUGGCGGUGUGGGGGUUGGUGGUGCUGUGGGCAAAGGGAGUCUGGGCAAUGCAGGCAGCUCUGGCAGCUAUGGCGGAGGUGGUGGUGGUAGUGGUGGUGGAGCAUCCACUGGGAGGCCAAGGUAGGUGGUUGUUGGUGCUUAACUUUGCAAGUGAAGUUACUAAUCAUUGUCUGAUAGAUACACUACGAUCAAUCUUGAGUGGAAGAUUGUUUAAGGACUUUUUUCCUCCAUCAUUUCCAUGUUUUGUUUAUUUGGAGUAGCUCAACUGAUCCCUUGUUACCGAUAUUCUCUCUUUAGAUGGUGGGGUUUCAAUCAUCAAUUCAUGGUUACAGUGAUAGAAAUGAUGUAAACUUAUAACAAUGUGAUGAAACAAAUUCGUACUUGGCUAAGUUUAUUGUAUUUCUUUGUAAUGCAUGCAACCUAUUUAACCUGUCAAUUCCUGUUGAGAACAAAUUCAGGUUGUUGAGAUCUUAAUGUUGGAAAGGUUGCAACAAGCAUUUCUAGUUAA